UCUUCAAAAAACUUAUUUAAGUCCAUGACUAGGCUUGUUUUAUUUGAUAUUAAUGGAACGAUGAUUCCUUGAAACAUUUUUAUGACAAUUAUCUCACAUUAUUUGUUUUAAAGCGUCGAUAACAUGAACGUUUAUGGUGUUAAUUUGACUUUACUUUAACAAUUUUCACUCUUUAUAGGCCAACAACAUAAAGUCCAAUGUUCUGAAGACACCAUGAAAGUUCUUGUUGCUAUGACCGAGCCUACAACACGCGUAUAUCUUGAAGGUCUUAACGGUUACAAGAAUGAAAAAUGUGAACCGAAAAUUGAAGAUAAUCUUGCCGUGUUUGAAUUGAGUCUCAUCAAUUUUUAUGACUGUGGAAUCAUACGAGUGGUCAAUAAAUUAACAGACAAGAAAACCUUCUACCAUAAAAUAGUUACUGAAAGCGGAAAUCAGAAGCAAAUAAUAAGCGUGAAGUGUAUAACUCAACCGAUUAAUACCAACGCCACACUCUAUCAUUCGAUCACCCGUAGAGAUGUCUUGCCAGUUGGUUUUGCAGAACCUGAGGAUCUCGACAUAUCAACCGAUGUAAUUGGAAAAGCUCCUGAACCAGUUCUCGGCGUAGGUGUAAGACAAGGCGGUGAUCUUGUAUCAGAAAACUUGAAUGUCUCUCCAGGAACUCCGUUGCAAAUGGAAAUUUUCUUAGAUAGCGCUUCAGCACCAGUUUAUGGGCUUGGUGUUAAUUUCAUGCAAGUUUCUGAUACACGUAGUCAAGAAGAAACGAUUAUUUUUAAUGGAUGCUCUGUCGAUCCUUAUCUCUUCGAGAACUUUGUUACUCAAAAUGGAGACUUCUUGAUGGCUAAAUUCCGUGCAUUUAAAUUCCCCGACUCUUCUUAUGUUCAAUUCCGUGGGACUGUGAAUGUCUGUUUAGAUAGAUGUAAGGGCAUUGAAUGCAGUAAUGGACAGAUUGGAUUUGGUCGUCGAAAGCGUGAAGUUUCCAACUCCGAUUCUAACAAACUUUAUGAAAUUGACAUGUCGACUUUUAUUCGGGUGGAUUACGAAGGCAGUCCAGACACAAAGGUUUUAUCUGAAACCGAAGAAAAUCUUAAACAGUUGAAACUGGCGAAUCAGAAAUUAAACCGAAAUAGUCGAGAGAAUGUCUUUGAAAGUAUUCACGAUUCGAAGCCUGAAAAUUUGAACACUGACACAGCGAAGGUUGAAGAGACAAGCAUCUUCACUAAAGUCGUUGAAAACUUUGAAACUUCUGGCGUUUCAGUUGUAGUAGGAAUCAUGAGGGCGAACAAACGUUUUCUUUUUACAUUAGCAAUUAUUGGAACGUGGACGAUAUUAACAUAUUUAAUUGUAAUUAGAAAUCAUACAGAUUAUCAAAAUAAUAAGUCAAAACUACGAGAAAAAAUUGAAAGCCUCGUUAAAGACAUAGAUAAAGAAGCACAUAACCGUGAAGACAUCAUCAAACAGUACAACAAGUUGAUCCAAUCAAUCAAAACCAGACCAGCAUCGUCAUCUGUGUCGGCAGAUAAACAGGAAAAUCUUGCCCCGUUGGAAGAUGACAAUAACAAGCCAAAAAAUAAAAUAGAAUUCAACGGGAAGUAUGUAAACAAUGAUAUAAACUCUCCGGUGAUACCUGUAAUUGUGUUUGCCUGUAAUCGUGUGUCGGUAAGUCGAAAUCUUGAUGCUCUUAUUAAACAUCGACCAUCCCGCGAGCAGUUCCCUAUCGUUGUGUCUCAGGACUGUGGUGACGAAGCAACACGUGAGGUCAUCAUGUCCUAUAAUGACGAAGUGCAAUUAAUUCAACAACCGGAUUUGUCAGAACCAGUUGUACCUCCAAAAGAUAAAAAAUUCAGAGGAUAUUAUAAAAUUUCCCGACAUUACAAUUGGGCGCUUGACACUGUAUUUAAGUAUGGCUACGAUUUUGUUAUCAUCGUUGAAGAUGAUCUCGAUAUCGCUCCAGACUUUUAUGAAUACUUUCUGGGAACUUUUCCCUUACUUAGAGCUGAUAAGACUCUUUGGUGUAUAUCAGCUUGGAAUGAUAAUGGGAAAGAAGGCUUGAUUGAUGACUCAGCACCUGAUCUCCUUUAUCGUUCUGAUUUCUUCCCAGGCUUAGGAUGGAUGAUGAGCAAAGAGUUGUGGAAUGAAUUGGGCCCAAAAUGGCCUAAAUCGUUCUGGGAUGAUUGGAUUCGUAAUCCAGAACAAAGAAAAGAUCGAGCUUGCAUUCGACCAGAACUUCCUAGAACGAGAACGUUUGGAAAAGUUGGAGUUUCCAACGGAUUAUUUUUUGAAAAACAUCUCAAAUACAUCAAACUUAGUGACACUUCAGUUAAUUUCUCAAAGAGAGAUUUGAGUUAUCUUUUGAAAGACAAUUACGACCGAAACUAUCUUAAUGAAGUUUUUAAAACUCCAGUUGUGACAUUUGAAGAGUUACGACGUGGCUUAGUGAAUUCAAAAGGUCCAGUACGGAUACAAUAUAACAAUCGAAAUCAAUUCAAAAGUGCUGCAAAAGCUUUAGGAAUUAUGGAUGACUUUAAGAGCGGAGUUCCUCGAACAGCAUACAAUGGAAUUGUAUCUUCGUUCUAUAAUGGUCAACGUGUUUAUCUUGCACCAAGCACUAACUGGAAAGGCUACGAUCCAUCAUGGAGCUAACAGGAUAUCAUGAUGUUUAAAGUGAUCAAAUUAAUGUAAAUUAAACAUUCAUUUCACAAUGAAAGACUUCAAAUAAUUUAACAACAACUUCAUUGGUGAGUAUGUAAGAUCGAUGUUUUUAUUAUUAUUAAUCAUGUGUUAGUUAUAAGAAGAAAUGCAUUUAAAUAGAUAAAAGGAAAGUUUUCUGAGACAUCACUGAAAAUUUAACUAAAAUUAGUUAUGCCAAAUAAAUAUAUCAAAACAAGUUCUACAAAUGCUAAAACUUUUCAUUUCUUGGUGUUUUUAUAAGAAAAGAAGAAGGAAAACUUUUAAGAAUAGAGAAGAACUAGUUUUGGAAGCGUGUUUUUAAAUAAGUUAUGAUCAAUAAUUCCAAUGCGUGAAUUAACUGAUAACCCAACAUGAGCAAACCUUUUGUUAUCAGCUUAAAACUUUCUGUUUCAAUUUCAUUCAAUACGCCACGUUUAACUCAUAUUGAAAAUUAUGAGGGCGACAACUUUAUCUGUAGC